CAACAUUGUUUCUAUGGAAUGAUUGACACAAUUGGAACUAAAAUAAAUGAAUAAUUUCAUUAAAAUUUGCUGUGAACAGUGAAAUUAAUAUCUAAGAUUUAUUAUUUCACAUAACAAUAUUUUUUUUUAAGGCGUAUUCAUUUAUGGGAUUAAUAUUACAAGAACUCAGUUGGUAACUAGUGACGUGUUUAAUUCAGAAUGGUUGGAUGCUCAUGGUAAUGUUGAUUUUAUAAAGCAUGUUUAGUUGUUCAUUAACCUUAAAUGAUGCCAGAAAUGAAUCAAGAUAGUAUUUUUGUUUGAGUAGUAGUAAUCAAAGCUCUAAUAGCUCACUCAAUUCAAAGCAGUUGAUGUGUUUAACGAAUUAGCGAGUGAAACAUGUCGGACAUCGGAGAGUGGUUCAAGAGCGUGCCGCUGUUCACGCGCUACUGGUUCGCGCUCAGCAUCGGCUUCUCGCUGGUAGCGCGACUGGGCAUCGUCAACCCUUAUUAUUUGUAUUUGGUGCCAGACUUGUUCAUUCAGAAGUUCCAGAUAUGGAGGCCCGUCACUGCUGUGUUCUACUACCCCAUGUCGCCUCCGGGGGUCGGCUUCCACUUCCUCAGCAACCUGUACUUCCUCUACCACUACUCCCGCAACUUGGAGACAGGGCUGUUCGAUGGGCGGCCGGCUGACUACUGCUUCAUGCUGGUGUUCUGCUGGCUGUGCAGUCUCGUGGUGUCCAUGCUGGCGGACCUACUGUUGCUGAUGGACCAGAUGGUGAUGUGCGUGCUGUACGUGUGGUGCCAACUCAACAAGGACGUGAUCGUCUCCUUCUGGUUCGGCACGCAGUUCAAGGCCGUCUACCUGCCCUGGGUGCUGGUCGGCGUGUACUUCAUCAUGGGACGCGGAGGUCUUCAGGAGCUGAUCGGUAUUCUGGUCGGCCAUCUGUAUUUCUUUCUGAUGUUCAAGUACCCUCAGGAGAUGGGCGGCCCAUCUCUGCUAUCAACACCAUCCAUAUUGUACAAAUACUUCCCCAGCACGAGAAGUGGCAUCCACGGGUUCGGGCAGGCCCCGACUCCCAGGCGACCCCUGGGGGACGACGCAGCGGGCGGGGGAGGGCGCCACAACUGGGGGCGUGGCUACACGCUGCGAUAGUGCGUCUGCCCAGCACUCAUUGUGUCAUUGUUCAUCCUGUCAAUGAUAAACUUCCUUUGUUACUUUUUAAUCAUUUUCUGCCUUAACAUUAAUUUACUUCACAAAACUUCCUGUUUGCUUGAUUUGAUUGGUUGACAUCCAGUACGUGCGCAACUGUAACAAAUAUGUGUGUGUAGCCUUGAGUACGUUAAAACUAAGGUGUGAAAGCAAAAAAAAAAUUAUAUAUUUAAUUAUUUUUAAUGAUUGGAACUGUGGAGUUUAUCUUUGUUUUCUCUUAAAUGUACUUCCUUUUAAUACAAAUGUGUCACAACCUUAAAUAAACGUUAUAAAUUCUGUCCUCAAAGCAUUGAGCCAUGUGGUGGAAAAUCUGCUUUCGUUUUAAUGAUAUUGCUCUGUAAUCUCAGGUGGAUCGGUGUUGGUCCCUGCUGCAGCAAAGUGAUAGACGGAAAUGAAACCUGCCUGUUGUCAUUACCACAGAGCUGCCAACCAUUACGGAUUUUCCGUAAUUAUUACGGAUUUUAACCCCGAAUUACGGAAUUACGGAACAUCGCUGGUUUAUUACGGAAACGAGGCUUUGUGCUGCGAGGUAACGGAGAAAAUUCCGUUUCUGCUGUGCUUGUUUCGUGAACGCAGUUUGAAUACAUCGCUUGGUUGCACAAAUAACGGAACUAGUAAGUGUGCGCAUGUACGAUGUACUGUCGAAAUAAGUAAAUUAAUUCUCGUGUUUUCAAAUAAUAAUGGGAUGGUAUUACGUCCGUUGUACGAUACAACUAGUACAUAUUCUCAGACUUAUCGUUUGAAGGCUACUUAAAUCACGAUAAUUUUUGUACGGUACUUUGGCUAACCUGUGUUGUUAAUUUAUUUCUUGAAAGCCAUUUUUUUUUUCAUCAUAGUGUUUUUGUCGUGUCUACAGACGUGAAAUUUUUUUAUGUUUUUCGAUAGUGUUGUGUUCUUCAGUGCCGGUUUUAGAAAUGAAGCGUGUGACAGAAUAAUGUGUAUCUGGAAAAAAAAAACACGCAAGUCUUCAGAGCUUUCGACUUAAAUAUUCAAAAGAAUGGCCAUGCUUGUCGUUUUCAAAUGUUUGGAACGCCACGGUUUUGUAAUGUAUGCACGUGUGACUUUUCGAUUGCACAUGGUGGAAGGGAUGACUGUAGACGGCAUAUUGAAUCAUAGAAACAUGCAGAACAUUUUAAAGCCGUGACGAGCAAUAAAUCUACUAUAUCUUCGUUUUUUCGCUACAUCUGAAGAAACGAAAGUAACGAACGCAGUUAUUGUUUACAAGACCUUGUGUUUGUCUUGUUUGUUUACAUGACAUUUCUUAUCCAACCAGGAUAAAAAAAGCAAAUAAAAAGACAGUUGCUUUAAAGUUUAACUUUGAAUUGAAGAUUCAAAAUAUCCAGUAAAAUUAUUAAUAUUUCUUACAUAUUCAGAUGAUUGUAUUGUUCAAAUAGAUUUUUUUUAUUCAUUAAUUUGCAUUGUAUUCAUAUUUUUCUUUUUCUUUUGCAUAUUAUUGUCCUUGUUUUAUCUUGAGUGUGUGUUAUAAUGCCCCAGGAAAAAUUUAUCGUGCAUGAUUUACGCGUACUUUUUUCAUAUACCUAAUUGCCAUUACUGAUGGGUGUGAUUUGAGGUUGGCAGCUCUGUUACCAUAUUUACAUCCAUGUUUAGGUCACACGAAUCAUGCCAAUUUUUAAUUUAAAAAAAAAAAAUGGAAUAUGUGUUCCUUAUGCAAGUUUUCCACUUGGAGUUAAAAAAUAUUUUAACUUUGCACUUUUGUGAUUGAAUAUGUUGGUAAAUAACUGGUCUGCGUUGCUUAUUAAUAAAUAAUACUUCACAGUUA